GGAAAAGAGAAAAAUGAUAAGAGAUGAGAGAUUAAGCUAAACAAUAGUUUGUCUCAUUUGGCUGCUGGGAAAUAUUCCCUUUCUUAAACAACCAUGUUACCGAUUCAUCUUCACGCCCUAUUAAAAGAGUACGUGGUCAAACAAUGGGAAAGGGAAUCAUGAAGGCAUAUGAUGCUUCUAAGACUAAAGUGAAGAUAAACGUUGAUCUGUCAAUUGGAAGACCUGAGAACGCAGAAGAGUCAGCCAAGCUUUCAAGUCAAAUCGGUAUAAUUACUCGCGAUGUGCUUCCUGUUUCUAGAAGGUGGAAAGAAGUAGAUGAAGAAAAUGGAUUGGCUCCUGGAUUUGAUCACAUGCAGUUGCAUAUGGAUGUCAAUAUUGAUGACGCGGGUGUCAAAGAAAGCUUGGUUGAAAGACUGAAAUGUAGUACGCGACAAAAGCGUUACAAGCUACAUCUUCAUUACAAGAAAUUUCAAACUCUGGAAUUGGCUAAAAGUAAUAAGCCAUCUUCUUAUCCAGACCAAAACAAUUGGGAGUUGUUGUGUGAUUACUUUGCAACAGAUAAAUUCAAGAAAUCAAGUAUUGCGAACACGGAAAAUAGGAAACUGGUGCGAGCGCCACAUAUUUCAAGCAGAAAACCCUUCACUGUACGACGACUUGAAAUUGUGAGUUAAAUUUAUUAUCUUUACCCCGUUUGACAAUAUACGUUCACAAUUUGCUACUAGUGUUUUCCGGAUAAAUGUAUUCUCUUAUAUAAUUUAACAUACUCUUCUUUAAUUAAAUUUUUUAUCUAUGAUAAUCUAAAUGUUUUUAUCUAGUCUCAGAAGCAGCUAAAUGGUGAUUCUUGUGAUCGAAUUGAGUUGUAUAAACAAACUCAUUUUACUGAGAAAAAGGGAUGGUCAUCUAAGGUGGCAGAAGAAAAUUGGGUAAGUUAUGUGUCUGUUUUUCUUAUUUUAUUCACAACUAAUAUUUUAUAUGACAAGAAGUAAUGUUAUUUUAUGCCAUUAAUUUAUCCAAUUAAGAGUUGAUGAAAAAGAAACAAGAACAAUAUAAAGAGGAAGGUUGUGAUAAGAGCACUGAUGAUAUAGUUCUUGAGGUACUUGGUCAUGGAUCUGGAUACAUUAAAGGCCUUGGGUAUGGUCCUAAACCUAGCAGACACAACGGUGCAAAUCACUCCCAAACUCAGCACCUCCAAAAUGAGCUUCAACAAACAACAAAAAUUACAAGUUUCUGAAACACAAUUUGAUGGACUCAAAAGUCAAAAUUCAAGUGGAAGAUACUGAAAAAGAGGUGUUUGACUUGAGAAACCAGUUGGCUCAACAAGCUUCCAAAAUGGAGCAACAAGAUUCAAAAAUGGAGAAGAUCAUGGCAUUUAUGGCUACCCAAGGAAUGAAUUUAUAAAUUUUGCUUUUAAUUUAUUGUUCCUGUAUAGUUGGAAGUAUGUUACGGUUUCCGCAUAGGAUUAGAAUGCUCUAAAACUAUUUAGCUAGUCAGUUUUUUU